GCGUUCGAACGGCCGUUGGGGCCGUUAGGACCGUUGGGCCGGGCCGGCCGCUUCACUCCCCUCUGCGUCCGUGGCCCCCGGCCCGCCCAGGCCGCAGGAGGAGGAGCCCCGCGGGGCAGCGGGCGCGGGAAACGCGCGCUGGAGCAGGAAGGAGUAAAAACAGAGAAUGACCACAUCAAUCUGAAAGUAGCUGGUCAGGAUGGAUCAGUGGUCCAGUUCAAAAUAAAAAGGCACACACCGCUAAGCAAACUAAUGAAGGCUUACUGUGAGAGACAGGGCUUGUCAAUGAGACAGAUUAGAUUCAGAUUUGAUGGACAACCGAUAAAUGAAACGGACACACCUGCACAGCUGGAGAUGGAAGAUGAAGAUACCAUCGAUGUAUUUCAACAACAGACAGGUGGAGUGUGUUAAAUAUGCUGUCCUUGUGGGAAGAGAAGUUAAAAGACCUUCAUCGCACCUCACUUUUGUCAUCUGUCUUUGGAUUUGCUAUUAAAUAGUAAAUAAAUGAACAUGCCAAUCACACAGGAUUCUUCUAAAAUUUUAGAGGACAUUUUCCAAAAUUGUUUUCUUGUCUCUGACAUACGGCGUGUGCAACUCAAAACUGUAUCUGCAGGGAUUAAUCUACAUCUUAAAUUGGGCCAAUCUGAUUUAACUUUUCAGUUUAAUUAAAGUAAGGGUUGUUUGUCUGCUGUUUUCUUGUUUCUACAAACCUGUGGCCUAAGGUUUCCAGGACACGGAUUGUUCAUUCCUGGUUUGUGUUAUAUUCUUGCCCUACUGCUUAAGUCUAAUCAUGUAAAUAAUUCAGUAUAUUCUCACUUCGGUAGUGAGCUUGAUAGUUUCCUCGUAAGAUAUGGCUAAGAGGAGGAAAGGAAAAGUUGAUUAAAAGCAUCUAGUGUGUGUUGUAAACACAAAUACUUUAAAGCUAUUAAGCCUAUGAUACAAGGCCUGUACAUGCAGAUAUAAUGCUUCGCAUAGAGUGAAAAUUUAAAAUAUUGUCAAUGUACAUGUGCUUUGUCAUAAUGUGAUAACAUAGACUGAAAUGUAAACUUUGAAAAUUAAAACUGAAAAUUGGCUAGAAUUAAUGUCAGCAACUGAGCUGUUACCAGACCUAGUGCUGAUGGCUGAGCAGUAGUAUAUUCUGUUCCAUAAGGAAAAUACAUCUCGACAGUUAAAUAUCAAUUUACUAUGGGAUGGACAAAAAGUUAAGCAGCUUGUUCCCUCGUCCUGUUUAAUACAAGCAUAACAACUGUAUCUUUAUUUUAUCUUGGUAUUUGUAACUAUAUGGCCUCAGGAUUCUUUUAUUGCUUGUUUCUGGUAGUUAAAAUUGGUCUUAUUAAAAAAUCUAAUGUUUUUCCUUGUUAUGUAUAAGUUUGUGGCCAAGCUGUAUGUGCAGAAGUGCUAUUGAAAGCUUGGUAAACAUGAAAACCAUGGACAAGUAAUUUAAGGUUCUUCUGAGAAAAUUCUGCUCUGCUGCUUUCCAAAAUGUAUUGAAUUUUAAAUGCAUUUGUGUGGUGACUUUCAGUUCUAUAUGAAGUUUUGGGAUCUAUUCCAAAUGAACAUUUUUAAAAGGUCAUCCUAUUGCCCUAAAAUAGGUUGUCCAUUGCUGCUUGAGGAGGUCAUUAUCUGCCUUUUAUAUUUACAUGACCAAUUUGACAAUGCUAGAUCAUCUCCUGCUUGCUUGAAAUCUUGCUGAAAAAGUUCUUAUUUUCUUUUUCAUUUUAUUGUAUAUGGACUAGGGUGGGAUAUCUUGUUAGAUCUCAUUGUUUUUUCACCAAUUUGUACAUUAUUUGUUGUCCUUUACUACUGUAUACAGUAAAUAUAGUUUGGUACUCUGUCUCUUGGCUUCUGUUUUUAUGCUGCUGCAUUUCAGAUGACUUUACCGCACGUUAGGUCACUGAAGUGCCACUGCUUUAUUUGUUGGCAUGUCUUGUAUAAAAUUCUCAGCUGGGACACUUCUGACUUAUUUACACUUAAAUAGGAACAGUGAAUGCACGCUUCACAGUAUUUCUGUGCUCACAAACACCUAGGAUUACUGCAACAUAGUGCUCCCUUGCUUGGUAAUUCAACCUCUGUUACUGUUAACUGGUGAGAAAUAUAAAAUAAAUUGCGUGUAUUAAAGACGAUUACUUGGAUAAAAAAAGCUGCAUAAUCUGAAGGUGUGUGUUCUAGUUGUUUGAAAGGUCAGCCCAGUG